AUGACAAGUGCUCCUCCUGACGAAAAGCCGCCUCAAAAAUGGACUUCAGACGAAGUCAUUUGUUUUCUCGAAUCGAAGGUUAAUGAUUACAACUUUGAUCAAAAUGACAUUGAAAAAAUUCGAAAAGAAAAUGUAAAUGGCAAGGCCUUUCUUCGCUGGACCAUAGAAAUUCUUAUGAAUGUAUUCGGAAUAAAAUAUAAAUCUGCAAAUAGUAUUAUGGACUUAGUUGACGAGGUGAGGUUAUCUGGUUCGUUUAAAUCGUUCAGCAUUAGUACUACGGAUGAACACGCUAGUACUUUAUUAUUUGAUAGUCCAAGCCCUCGAGGAAGAUCAACUAUUGAUAAACAUCCUCUGCCUAGUAGCGGUGAUGAACUGAAACAGACAAUUGAAUGGGAAAUUAUUAAAAAGGGUGAUUGGUUAUGUAUAAUAAAAAAUUAUGGGUCGACAUUUGUUGAUCGUGAAAUUGAGGUCACAGAUAUUAUCGAUGGUAAACUCACAGUAGCUAUUGUUAUAGACGACGAGAAAAAGGGAAAGAGUGGGAUUAUUACGUUGAAAAAACUUGAAGAAUGGAUUCUUAAUGAAAUUCCUGAAAAAGAAAAAAUAACUAAACCUAAAUCGAAUCAUGCUAGUGAAAACAUAAUCGUUAAACGUGAUGAAUUUUAUAAGAAUUUCAACAUAAGAUCAAAAUACAAAAAACAAGAUAACUGUGACCUUGGGUCAUUUCCAGGAAAUAUUAUAAUAAUAUAG